AUGCCCGGCGUCGUUGAUACUCCCGCCGGCCCAAGCUGGCCAGGCCUGGGCUACACAGUCGCGCAUCAAAAGGUUGAGCUGGAGUUGGAUUUUGCUAGCCGGAGUUUGAAGGGUAAAACUGAGAUUAUCAUUCACCCGGACAACAAAGACUUGCGCACCAUUCGAUUGAACUUUCGACAGGGAGAAUUGAAGCGUGUAAGUGUCAGCGGAAAAGUGCCUACGGUCAAAUAUGCCGACCCCUAUGAGUCGCUUCAGCUGUAUGGCCCUCAUUACCACCAGCGUUUGGCGUCAAAGAUCGAUGGCCUCCUUAAAACUCCAUCUGAACCGGAUCUCCUCGUGACCGUUCCGAAAAGCGUCCGCAUAGACGAACUCGAUCCAACAUCCGACGAAGCGCAGGAUCAGAUGGCACUGAGGGCUCCGGGUUUUGCAGAUGAUACUGAAGGACCUUUAAGCUCGAAGGCCGCCGAGACGUCCGCUCCGAGAUUCACGGCCCUCACUGUGAAUAUCGAAUUUAUCGUCGAGAACAUACGAGAUGGGCUACAAUUUGUUGGCUUGGAGAGUGGUGACAAGCGAUAUCCGCACGCUUAUACGACAAACUCGUUGGAUCAUGGGACUGGGUGUCCGCUUUUCCCUUGUGUGGAUGAUCCUUCCUCGCGAUGCACCUGGGAGGUAUCGAUUAGAUGUCCGUGCACACUGGGCGAUAUUUUUGACCGCAAGUCUCGAGACCAGUCGGGUGGCGGGACAGAUGCCCACCCAAAGACAAGGACGAACCACGAUCGGUUUGCCCCGGAUGAUGAGGCCCUAGAUCUUUCCGUCGUCUGUUCUGGAGACUUGACGGAUGACAUUGUUGAUCCAAAGGACCCCAGCAAGAAGACCGUCUCAUUCGCUUCCUACUCUCCUCUUUCUGCGCGGCAGAUUGGAUUUGCUGUUGGGCCAUUUGAGUAUGUCAACCUUGCCGAUUUUCGUGAGAGCGACCAAGACGAGCAACUUGGCCAAAAUGCCAUUCCACUUCAUGCGUUCUGUCUUCCAGGCAGAGGCGAUGAAGUUCGUAACACCUGCUUUCCCAUGGCAAAGGCAAUUGACUAUUUCUCGAUGACAUACGGAUCAUAUCCAUUCGCAAGCUACAAAAUAUGCUUCGUUGAUGACGCGCCAGAGGAUACACUGCCAACGGCAUGCUUCUCAAUAUGUAGCAGCCGUCUUCUGUUUCCGGAGGAGAUAAUUGACCCUAUGUACGAUUCCACUCGUGCCAUCACCCACGCGCUAGCUGUUCAAUGGAUUGGUGUCAACAUCGUGCCAAUGGCGCCGGUUGACACAUGGGUAACGGUUGGUGUUUCUUGGUACAUAACAGAUACCUUUAUGCGGAAACUCUGCGGAAACAACGAAUAUCGGUUUCGACUAAAACAGAUGUCAGAUCGGGUUUGUGACCUAGAUUAUGAGCGGCCAUCAGUCUACGACAUGGGAAAUAUCCUCAGCAUAGACCCAUCAGAGGCUCACUUUAUCGCGCUCAAAGCACCACUAGUACUGUUCAUCUUAGAUCGACGCCUCACUAAAGCCAGCGGGAAGGCAACGAUGUCUCGGAUUAUAUCUCGCCUCUUCUUGAAUGCUCGUAUGGGAUUACAAAAUAGAGCUGUCACAUCCUCUCUCUUUCAAAAGCUCUGUGAACGCUUGGGACAUGCAAAGCUGGAGACUUUUUUCCAACAAUGGAUCUAUGGUGCCGGGUGCCCCAGGUUUCAAGCGACCCAAAGAUUCAACAAGAAGAAACUGGUGGUGGAGAUGAUGAUCAAACAAGUCCAAUCAGAUCAGCCAAGCGCUCGCGACCUGGAGAAGGAUGCGUUUAUGCGCGAUGUGAAAGAAGAGAUUCGAAACGUUUAUGCUGGUACAAUACAACCAGUCUUUUCCGGCUCGAUGACGAUCAGAAUCCACGAAGCUGACGGAACUCCUUACGAACACAUCGUGGAGAUCAAAGAGGGCGUGACGAAAUUCGAUAUACCAUAUAAUACGAAAUACAAACGACUAAAGAGAAACAAGCGCCAAAAAGAGCGCGCUGCUGCUGUGAUAGGCACGGACGGUAACGCGGAGGUGCAGGAGGACAUUCUGCUCUACUGUCUUGGGGAUGUGCUGCAGAGCGAGGAGGAGAUGCAACAAUGGCGACUUGCUGACUGGAGUAAAGAGGAUGAAGAACGAAUGGGCCAAGAAUCUUAUGAGUGGAUUCGCAUGGAUGCAGAUUUCGAAUGGAUCUGCAAGCUCUCACUGGUCAUGCCAGGGUACAUGUAUCUUUCACAGCUCCAGCAAGAUCGUGACGUGGUAGCCCAGCUCGAGUCCCUCCAAUACAUGGCUGCGCAACGAGAGCACGCUCUGAUUUCUACCAUCUUUCUUCGGACGCUUAUGGACCGACGGUAUUUCUACGGAAUUCGGGUGGCAGCGGCACGGGCUUUAGUUAAGCAUGCCAAAGAAGAAAUUAACUGGCUGGGACUAUUCCAUCUUGAGAAAGCUUUCCAGGAGCUAUUCUGCUUGCCAAAUUCUCCUAUGACUCGAUCAAACGACUUCACAGACAGGGCCGCAUAUGUCCUUCAGCUCGUCAUUCCAGAUGCUAUUUCUAGAGUGCGCGACGUCAGUGGAAAGACCCCUAUGAGGGUGAAGCGAUUUCUAUAUGACAAGUUGAAGUUCAACGACAACUCUAAUAACGAGUACUCGGACAAUUUCUACGUGGCUACAUUAAUGAAGUCCCUCUGCCAUGCCAUGCUUGGAAGAGUUGAGACUCAUACAGAUGACUUGAGCAACUUUGACAUGGAUGCCGUUCUCGAAGCUCAAGCCGAGGAGCAAUUGGAAAAAGACGCCAUGGCAGAAAUUGAUCGCUACAGGAGAAUGGACGAAUGGUCGAGUUCCUACCAGAACCUCUACUCUCGAGCAGCUUUACAUUGCCAAAUGCAGCUCAUGCAGGCUAAAAUAACUGGCGUCGAUAUCAUGCAGUUCCUACCAUACACGCGGGUGGGCACUUAUGACCUCCUUCGCCUAGAUGCUUUCCAGUGUCUCGUCGAGCUUGAUAUCUUCAAGAGCCCUGAGCUGCUCCGAUGGUUCAUCUUUACCAUGUCAAACGACCCAUCCGUAUGGCUCAGAUGGCAACUCCACGGCCUGUUUGGGAAAGCGCUCGCCCCUGUCGCUUUUGGCCGCGGCGUCGUCAACGAGCAGACGCCCGCAGCUGAUGGUCUCAUUAUCGAGCAAGAGUCAUCGACAGAAAUUCGGCAAGCGGAUCUCGCCCGGAGACAAACCGUCACUGGGGCUUUAGCCGCCUUAAAGACCGAGGUCUCCGGCGACUUGGUGCUCAAAGAGUGCCUCUGGGCCGCUUGCUGCUCGCCAAUUAUUGGCGUCCUUGAGCUCUCGGAAUUCGCAGACCUGUGUCGAGUCAUAUAUGAUCCGAUAACCACUAAGAGAAUUACCUUGAAAUACCCCCGAUACUGGGGCCUCAGGCACCAAGGCAGGGGCCGCCUCCACUUCUACCGCACAAACAAGAUCCGCACCUCCCUCAACCCUUCAACCACGUCAUCCCAGAAACGCAAACGAGAAGACGGCGGCGCCAUGCCAGCCCCCGCCUCCGGCCUUCGCGUCACAUUCAAGCAACCAAAACCGAACCCCCAUUACCUCAACCACAUCCCCAGCACCCCUUCCGCCAACACCCCGACCCCGCGUUCAGGGACCCCCUUACAACAGAGACAACCUACGAAGCUGUCCAUCCCGAACUUCGCUGCUGCUCAAGUACACCGGACACCAUCAUCACAAACCCCCGCAACCCCGUCCACGCCUGGUGGCGGGCUCAAGCUGAAAUUAAAACUUGGGUCCCAGCCUAAACAAUAA